AGUCCUAGAAAGUGCAAUGACGCGAAGAAGAAGCUCGACCGGAAGUAGAACUCUUAACCGGAAGUAGGCGCGGGUUGGGAAGUUGAAAAUGGAAGCCGCUGUGUUUAUCCUGUCGCUUGUCGACUGCUGCGCCUUGAUUUUCUUGUCUGUGUACUUUAUCAUCACUCUGUCUGAUCUUGAGUGUGACUACAUUAAUGCCCGAGCUUGCUGUUCAAAGCUGAACAAAUGGGUCAUACCCGAACUAAUCGGCCAAGCUCUGGCCACGUUCCUAAUGCUAGUCUCCAUGCACUGGUUUAUUUUCCUCCUCAAUGUACCUGUGGCAUCGUGGAACGUGUACAGAUAUCUGAAGGUUCCUAUGGGUAACAUGGGAGUGUUUGACCCAACAGAGAUCCACAACAGAGGACAGUUAAAGUCCCAUAUGAAGGAGGCCAUGAUCAAAUUAGGCUUCCACCUACUCUGCUUUUUCAUCUAUUUGUACAGCAUGAUCCUGGCACUGAUCAAUGAUUGAUGCCGCAGAGACGCAAGAACCUCAACUGCCAAACCAUAAACUGUCCACUUUGUGCUGUGAAUACAGUCAUCAGUCACAGCUAAAGCCGAUCAAAAAACCCCCCACACUCCAUCAGACACUUCAUCCUGACUAUCAUCAUCAUCUCCUUACUGAAAUAAUCGACUUGAGAGACUGGUGUUCCUGUGUGUUCUUUGCUUGUGUAUUUGCAUUGAAGUAAAGCUUUGUGUAGUUACUUUAUUUAGCUGUUUGUGCAAAAGGCUCUAAAGCUGUAGCACUGCUCACAUCGUGCGCUGCUUCUCAGGGCUGAAUCAACAUGACAAUCUCACUGACUCAUCAGAGCAACUGAUAAGCUUACACCUCGUGAGCAUGUCAUGUCUCCACAUGCUUGUCUUAAAUGUGCCGUCAUUGUAAACGUGCCCACCUGUCUACCCGUCAUUUUUAUUGUAAUUUGCUGGAAUAUGCUCUGUGUAUAAUGUUUCAAUGUUAUUCAGUUAAUGCUAUUACUACAAAUGAUUCCAAACUGUAAUAAGCACAUUUUAAAUUACCAACUUGGCACGUGUUUGGGUUAACAUAUGUAUAUAUGUUUUUCAUUUACGAUUUAUGCAAAGUUGUGUUUCUGGCCUGUUUUCUGCAGUAUUGUUCCUAUGUUUUGGGGGUACCAUGGUUACCUCUUUGCCUUCUGAUUUUCAUUUUAACAAAUCUAUCAGUUCAUCUAACAAGCUGUAAUUUGUUGGUGUGAGUCAUUCUCACAUUUACCAUUCUAUAAACAUGAGUCCAGUUAGAAUGAAAAACACUAUGCUCAGGGGUAAUAAGCUGGGAGUUGCUGCUGGCUUUUGGUUGCAGUAGAUUUUUUUGGCAGUAGUCUGUCUACAGCAAACAUGAUAUAACUUUAGCUCUGGCAUGUCUGGUCUCAUUUGUUUCAAGCAUGCUGUUUGUCCAUUUCACAUUGAUUACCUUUCCAUCUUGUUAGGACUUGCUCAACAGCAGAAAAGCCCUGUUUUAUGAAUGUCAUGUAUAACACAUUGCAAAACUGUUAACUCCUUGCAGGCCAUAUCGCCUGGACAUUGCCCUGAUCUAUGAUUUUGAAAAUUAGAAAAGACUUUUUUUCCAGAGGCACAGUCACAGAGUGUUAAAGUAACUUCACACAAAUCGGGAAUGAUCCUGCUGAGUGAUCACUGUUGUAUUUACAUUUAAGAGUAAUUCCUGUGUUUCUCUGAAGGUGGUUUUUUAGGUAGUUUUUCUUUAUUUUAGUUUUUUUUUUUUUUUUUUUUUUUUUUGUAGUUUGUAGUCAUGUAAUUUCAAAGAGUCAUGUAGUCAUGUAAUUUCAAAGAUAUGUUCAAAAAGACACUAACUUGUGAUAUUGCCAGGUUAGUUUCUUUACUUCAUGACUGUAUUUACAUUUUCUGAAGUAGGCUCAAGCUUCCGGCUGUAAAAGCUUCUCACAAAAAGGCAACAUAUGAGGCAUACAAAGUUUCAGCAGAGGGCAUGCAGGGUCACUUUGAGAGACCGAUAAAUCUUCUAAUUGCAAGUGCAGUUUACCUUAAAGGCAGCAGAGAAUUCUAAAAAUUACAAACUGUUCCUUUAAGAGCAGUGAUUUAUUACCUACAACAUGAGAUAUUUUCUCACUAAGAUAAAGAGCCAUAGAGAAUCAAACAUCUUUCCCUUACAUUAUUAUAAUUGACAAAUAUUCACAUUGCUACAAAGGCGUAGGUGGGCUGCCUGUUAGUACACUCAGUGGCAAAGUACCCAUUACGACCCAGAAUUCUGCAAGGUAUUCUGGGAUGGAUAUAUGGAUUUUGUUAAGUGCAUGUUUUCCUUCAUUAUCUUACAUUCACUUUAACUUGAACCAUUUUUGCAUGUGUGCAGUUAUCUUGUCUGCUUUUCAUUUGGCAUCUUUAAAGUAUAAAGUAACCCAUGACGGGGUCAUUAAUUGAAAUCCCUCCACAAGCCUAUUUCUUCCUAACUGCAGUGUCCAUUGAGAAAGUGAUUUAGGACUGUUUGGGAAUAAUUCAUUAUAGGCUACAGCACUGUAAGUGGAAUAUUGUGAAUUAGAGCAUGAACGAUGGUAAUUGGUGCGUUUAACUUGUGUCGCCUGGGAGAUUUAGUUGAUUAAAGCAAUUUUUCUUUAUAUAGUUGUUAAGCUACAAUGACAUAAAAGCAUUUAUUUAUAUUGUGAUACUGUCUUCCCCAAAAAUGCACCACAAAAAAAUGAAAACUGCAUGGAAAUUAAAAAAGGAAAACGUGA